AGUAGUUCAAGAUAUACUUCUCCAAAAAGUAUGUGUGCAAUUUAAGAUUGUCAGUAUGUUCUUUGCUAAAACUAUAUUUUAUUCAGUAAACUUCAAAAUUUCUUGAAUGUAUGUAUAUAUUAAAUGACUAUUACAGAUUACUCGUAGAAUUAAACCUUAGUACACAAAUGCAUAUUAUAAUUAACAUCCAGGCAUUUGCAAAAUUGUCACAGAUAAAAUAAAAACAACUAUUAUUAUGACAUUCUUCUAUCAAUGUCCAGGAUUGACAAGUAAAAUAUUUUCCUAGUUGAUUUUAGGAGAACUAUGUGACAAAAUUUUCUGUAUCAAUCUAAAGGAAAGAUUUACUUAAAGAGAAACAAUGAUUUUUUUUAUGCAUGUUAUUUUAUAUAUCUUUCUUGGACUAGAAAUACGAUUUAUUCAAUCAUUAGAAGAAAAUCAAUCAAUUCAAAAAUGUCCUCCAUUAUCAGAAAUUACGCCUUGUACAUGUGGAAUUAAGAAAAGUGGAUUAGAUGUUAUAUGCGAGUUCACUGAUUUCCUUCACAUCAGCAGAGCAAUGGAUAGUCUAAAAAAAAGGCAGAGUUCAGUUAUAUUUUAUUUGAAGUUACGACACAACAAUCUGCCCAAGCUACAAGGAUUUGUUUUUUUGGGAUUGGAUAUACACCAUCUUACAAUUCACAACAGUAGUCUCGCCGUGGUUGAAGAAACUGCAUUGUCAUCAAUUGGGAAAGCACUCACUCAAUUAGACAUUUCACAAAAUAUUCUGACUUCAGUUCCAUCUCUCGCUUUAAAGACAUUACAUCAUCUUUUAAUUCUCAAUAUAAAUCAUAACAGAAUCAGUUCGAUACACAGAAAAGCAUUCGAGGGCCUGGACACCCUCGAAAUUUUAACAUUGUAUGAAAAUAAAAUCUCAUCGAUUGAACCAGAAGGAUUUAGAGGACUCGAUAAAAGGAAAUUGAAGAGGUUGAAUCUAGGUGGCAAUGACCUGCAUCAUAUACCUACGCCUUCAUUAUCGUCUCUUGAUAUACUGAAAAAAUUAGAAAUGCAAGAAAAUGGAGUUCCAUUGAUCAGAGUUGGAGAUUUUCAUGGUUUAAAAAAUCUAGACUCUUUAGGACUUGCUCAUAAUCACCUCCAAGAAAUUCCUGCCCGUGUUUUUUCAGAAUUAACUCUACUUAAUUCAUUAGAACUAGAUGGCAAUCAAAUUACUGUAAUAGAUUCUAAUGCUUUCAUUGGCUUGGAAGAAAAUUUGCAGUACUUAAAACUGGGAGACAAUAACUUGCACUCUGUACCAAGUGAUGCCUUACGUCGGCUACAUCGCUUAAGACAUCUUGACUUGAAAGCAAAUAAUAUAACUUCGUUAGCUGAAGAUGCAUUUACAGGAUAUGGUGAUUCAAUUACUUUUUUAAAUUUACAAAAAAAUAUGAUUAAAACACUUCCAUCAUUAAUAUUCGAAACAUUGAAUUCAUUAGAAAUUUUGAAUCUACAGAAUAAUCAGAUAACGUAUAUUCCUGAAGAUGUUAUGGAAAAUAUAGUCGAUACCCUAAAACUUUUAGAUAUCACAGAUAAUCCAUUAGUGUGCCAUUGUGAUUUGAACUGGUUUAGAAGAUGGCUUGGACUUUUACGUGAUAAAGAUGAUGAAAUAAUGUCAAAAAGAAGAACUGUUUGCACAAUGAUUUCAGAACAUCGAGAAUAUCCUGUUCAAAAAAUGCCACUACAAAAAUUGGGUUGUUCCAUAAGCGAUAUUUAUGAGAACUCAUUAUCGUCGAUCAAUCAGAUUUACAAUGGAUAUAUUUUUAUAAUAUACUAUAUUUUUAAUGUUUUCAUUAUAUAUUAAUUUGAGAUACUUCAAUUAUCGUUAUAAUCAUAGAGUUAAUUUUAACUUAAUUAUAGCGAAUGGAAGUUUAUGAAAGUUCAAAUUAUCCAAAGUCGGAACAGUGUAUAUGUUGAUUGUAAA